CAGUGGUCACAUGAGCGCCGGUCACGUGAUGUUUGUGAGCAGCUUCCCCGUGGAAACAUUUUCUUCAUCUUCUCACUCAUCACAAGAGAAAUAAGAGCUCUGGCGCAGAUCUGAGCGUGUUUGUGUUUCAGGAGCUGCUGCUGCUCGCGAGGAGGAGGAUGGACAGACAGGAGGAAGAUGAAGAGGAGGCAGUGUGCCGUGUGCUGGAGGAUGUCAUGUGUGUGGACGAACAGAUGGUGGAGCGUCUGACAGACGGCUUUCUGUCUCACUAUCUGCCAGAACUGAGCUCCUCCAAACAAGCGCUGCAGGAGCUGACACAAAACCAGGUGAUUCUGCUGGAUACACUGGAACAGGAAGUCACAAAGUUCCGCGAGUGCAACGCCACGAUUGAUCUGAACGCACUGUUCACAGAGGCCAAAGUUUAUCACAGCAAACUGCUGAACAUCCGCAGAGAAAUGAUCGCUCUGCACGACAAGACGAGCAGACUGAAGAAGCGAGCGCUGAAGCUGCAGCAGCACAAGCAGAAGGAGGAUCUGGAGCGCGAGCAGCGGAGAGAGAGAGAGCAGGAGCGAGAGAGACGCCUCAUCGCCAAACCUGCUAAACGCAGCGACGCUGAACCACAGUGAGCACGCUCAGACUCACAGCUCCGCCCACUGCCCGAGACUCCGCCCCUGAACCCCUGAAGU